GAGAUUUCAGGGGCAAAGUGGCGCUCAAAUCACCGGUGUACACGAAACCCGUAACCAAAUUCCUCCCAAAAUCUCUCCUCCAUUCGCAUAACUGUUUCAUACACUUUGAAUUCAAUCGGAUUUCAGAUUGUGGGAAGAAAGAGGGAAAUUCAUAAAAAUGUCGUGCAGGAUAGUAUUUCGAACUGUGAUGCUCACCGAGCCAUGGCGAGCUUCCCCUAAUCGCACCUCCUUUUCCUUAUCCUUAGCUAAUCAGAAAUCUAGAACAUCAGCUUCGAAUUCAAGAUGUGGAUUUAGAAUCCCUACAAAAGUUAGAGAUAUUAUAGCGGAAAGACGAAUACAUCAACGGUUUAAUUGCUCUCAUGAUGAAAACCUAUCGUCAUCGUCUGCUGAGAGUGACCAGGAACCUCCUCAAGAAGCCGUUCUCAAGGCUAUUUCAGAAGUUUCAAAGACCGAAGGUAGAGUUGGACAAACCACAAACAUGGUUCUUGGAGGAACGGUUACUGAUGAUUCAACCGACGAGUGGCUCUCUCUUGAUCAGAAGGUAAACACGUACCCAACGGUAAGAGGAUUUACAGCAAUUGGAACCGGAGGUGAUGAUUUUGUGCAAGCUAUGGUAGUUGCUGUUGAGUCAGUCAUUCAACACCCAAUUCCACAGGGCCAGGUGAAGCAGAAAAUGUCAUCUGGUGGGAAGUAUGUAUCGGUGAACAUUGGACCCGUUCAAGUAGUUUCUAGCGAGCAGGUUCAAGCUGUAUACAAUGCCAUGAGGAGAGAUGAUCGAAUGAAAUACUUUCUGUAGCGCAUUUCUCUUCGCCUUAUGUAUGUAUGCAACACCGAUCAUCUCGUUACGUUCUCAUGCUUUUCCUUUUUCUUAACUAAUAUAUGCCCUUUGUUCUUUCACAUGUCUUUGUUUCAUCAAAUCAUCAUUGAAACCUCAAACUCAUCUCCCAACUUUCACCUCAGAGGUAGUCUGAAAUCUAAGUUUUCUUUCUGCAA